CGCGAUGUUCACUCGACUCAAGACUCCAUCAGAUGAGCCUUAUCAACGGCUGAACACACAAGGCUGACGACACGACUGUAUAGCCUUGUAGGCACCAGCCGUGUUCAGCCCCGGUGGCUUGCAGUGGCUUACCAAAUCCAUGCACUUAGCAAUUCGCCAGCUCUUGCAGCUUCCAUUGCCCCAUCCCUCAUAGCCAUUCGCAAGAUACCGCUUAUUGCAUCCUGAUUCGGUUCACAAGGGGCUAAUGAGUCUUCCCGGAAUCGUUGUUGAUGAACUCUUUGCUCUAAUUUGAAAACAACGGCGGCUGAUCACGCCUUGUAUGGGAAGUCUUGUAAGUCUCAUUUGCCCGUCCCGUGCAGCAACAAUUUGAUGUUCUGGCCCCAGCCUGACGUCAGAAAGCUCUCGCAAAUCUUCAACGAACACAAAUCAUACUGCGAGCCGCGAGUCGCAUUUAGUUGAGAUGACUUCGGUGUUAUCUUUGUACGAGUCUACCGACGGCCUGUAUUCACAUUUGGAAGGGACCGGCCCAGUCCGUCUUAUCAGCCUCCUCGCAGGACGCCCGAGCGACAAAAUACACGUCAAGCUUGUGUCGACCAAUCUGGUCGAUGCCGCCAAUACGUACGAAGCAACAUCAUACACGUGGGGCGACCCCACGAUCACCCACAUCAUCUCAUGCAACGGUCGCAACUUCACGGUAACGAUCAGUGCAUACCAGUUUCUGUGGAGACUCCGUCUCGAAGAUAAAGAUCGACUUCUCUGGAUGGAUUCCAUUUGCAUAAACCAAGCAAAUCAUGAGGAAAAGGCCCAGCAGGUUCCCAUGAUGGGGGAUCUCUAUCAAAAAGCACGUAGAGUCGUGAUUUGGCUUGGUGAAGCCUGUAAUGAUAGCGACUUGGCUAUGGAUUUUGCGGCGGACCUCGAAAUCUCGAAAUCUUUAGAAGAGUUCGAAUACUCGAGCAGGAUUUCCUCUAAUCAUCCUUCCUAUACCCGGAACACUUAUCUUCUCAACGAAGCAAAUCCAUCAAUCGAUAGACGCGAGCUAAUACAGAGUCUAUGUUCUCUGGUGCAACGGCCGUGGACAAGACGUGCUUGGGUUCAACAAGAGGCCGCUUUGUGUAAUGAUACUGUUGUCAUGUGCGGCAGUCGUUCAGUACCAUGGGAUCACUUCUUCGCCGUCAGCUGGAUGCUCACAGCCCCCAAGGCUUGGCAGAUACCUGAUUGGAUCGAAUACGACUCGAUGGUAAAUUCUCUGCGAGCUCUGAGCCAUAUUCAAAGUACUCGUCAAGCUAUCUCUGGCGGAAGAAGUAAUACCAUAUGGGGAACCUUGUCGAUGAUGUCGGCGUGCCUGGCCACCGAUCCUCGCGACAAAAUAUUUGCUACUUAUGGAUUGUUACAGCAGUCACGCUUUAGAUCUGGAGGUUCCCUUGCGCACAAAUUACCCAAAGUCGAUUACUCGCUGCCUUGGCAAGUCGUCUACAUCCAGUGCGCGAAAUUACUUUGCGAGAACGUACUAUUCGAUUGGAAUCAAAUGCUUCUACGUGCAGGAAGAGCCAAACAACGCGACAUAUCCUUACCUUCAUGGGUGCCUGACUGGCGUUACACAACAGAGCUACGCCUUUUUCUUGAUCACCAUUACAGUGCUGGGGGACCGCAGGUGGAAUACCAUCCGUACACCUUGAAAUUUGCCCAGACGCCACGCCGGUUGCGAACUGAUAACGACUUGUACACUUAUUUUACUCCGAGCGGAAAGCGUAAAACCUUACCUAUCCAGUCGCUUGCGUUACAGUUCAUUAUGCAGGAUGUCGUCAUCUAUACCAGUGGAUGCUUGGAUUCAGAGAAGCGUGGUAGUGACUUUCAUUGCGAGUUGGCAGAAUUUGUGAAGUCAACAGAACAGCGACUACUUGCUCUUUCGCCUUCCACAUACAUUAGUAGCGAGACUAUUCUAGAAGCUUUGGCAAAGACCCUUCUCUGUAGUCGAGACUACAAGGAGCUUCUGAUAGAACCGGAAAUCAAGCUAGAAUCCGAGUACCAGAAAUAUCUGCAGAGCUUUCUGGCUGGCGUGGUCAACCACGAGCUUCCUUACGCAAGAGACUUUCGCUUAUCCUCAGCUCUCGAUGAAACUCAACUAUGCAUCACUGCCAGAGGAUACAUGUGUCUGGUUCCAAAAGAGAUCCAAAAUGGCGACUACAUCGGAGUUGCUUGUGGAUUACAGAUGCCAUUGGCAUUCCGAAGAGUUGGCCAAGAUGCCAAGGGGCAGCUGCAGUAUGAGCUUUACAGCGAAGUAUACGUACAUGGCAUGAUGUGUAGCCAAACAUGGAACUUGAUGGAGGAUUACAGACCAAAGCUUAGCGCUGAGGAAUAUGCUUUUCUCAACAGCGAACCGCCGUCCAAAGUAAUUCAGAGUCCCGGAACCUACAAAAAGCGCGAAAACUUCGUAUCAGCCCUUGAUAUCGGGUACGAACAAGUGCUGGCCACAAUAGGAAAAAGAACUAUUGUCUUCAUUUGACGCACUGUGACGCUUAAACAAAGUAUCGUGGCGUCUAGAUCGAGUGUAACGAACAACCUCCGGACAUAACUCCGUCGGAGAUACGAAUACGUCACAACUCCGUUGGAUGGAUACGUGGAUGGAGUGCUUAUCGACCCAGAGGAUUGCAAACACAACCCUGAACAGCUUGUCGGGAGCCAGGUCAAGU